AUGGGUAACAAGCCACCAUCUACACAAGAAUAUCAAAUAGCAAUUCGCUAUUGCUCCCAUUAUAAUAGAAUAUUUCUAAUAUCAGUAGAUAAAAAAGAAAAGGAUGGACUCCAAAACAGCUAUCGAGAUGUGCCGUCCGCACUGAAAGAGAAAGAAUAUAAGGAAGCGUAUGCAAAAGCUAGAAGAGAAGGAUUUUGUCGCAAUGACUUCAUUAGAUUCAUGAUAACCGGUCCUCAAAACGUCGGAAAAUCGUGUUUUAUCCAAGCUUUCACUCAACAAGGUUUGAUUCGUAAAAUUGGACCAACAACAGCUGCAGUAGUAGAGAAAAAACUUGUCAAAUUGCUAACAUAUAACGUAGAUAAUAAAACGGUCGAUGAAUUUAUAGAUGUUCUAGCUAGAAAAGUAGUUGCAGCUAUAGAAACUGUUAAACGUAAAAUGCGAGAAGAGAGACCAUUUACAGAUUUUUCCUUCAGCGAUAACCCACGAACAACACUAGCAUCGCAAUUUCCACCAUACGUGUACAGUCAUAGCUCUGCAAAUAACGCUGAUCAUAUCGCAUCUCAGCCUGUACCGAUAGAUGAAGAAACAAUUCCUCUCGAUUUUCUCGAGAAAUACUUUCGAGAGGGCUACAAAUUAAAUAAAGAUAUCAUGAUAGAUGAAUAUCAUUAUGGUAAACUAUGGGAUUUUGCUGGUCAAUCUAUCUAUCAUAUAACUCAUCAACCAUUUAUAUCUUGCAAUUGUAUCUACAUUCUAGUCCUUGAUAUGUCCCAAGAUAUAGAUAAAAACGUCGUUGAUCGAAGUGGCAAUGAUACCAAAAUGACAUACUUAGAGGCUAUACAAGAAUGGCUCGUCUCGAUUAUUGGUAGUAGUAAAAGUAAGGUUCGAACUGAGAACAAAAUUAUUGGCGCUCCAGAAAAUAUCGCAUGGCCUAUAGUUAUUUUAAUCGGAACUCACGCUGAUAAAAUAGGAGAUGAAAAGGCCUGCCAACGAAGAUUUAAGGAAUUUUGUCAAUGUAUUAAUGAAAAGCUUCCUUCUUAUUCUAGACAUAUAUACAGAUCAAAAAUAAUAUUUAACUGCAAUGAUAAAGAUAACAGUAAAAAAACGCUAUUGCAACGUCAAAAAAAUUGUGGUCAAUUGCAUAAUAUCCUGAAAGAUUUCGUCCAUAAUCAACCUUCUAUUGAUCACUUUUCUAAAAUUCCAUUCAAAUGGUAUAUAAUGGCAGCUAUAUUGCACACAUCUCUUGAUCGAUUUAAUGAACAAGCGGUAAAAUUUUCUACAAAUUUAAAUCAACGUGUUAGUAGAAUUAUGACGGCUGAAGAAGUCGAGCUUCUAGCGAAAAAGUAUAAAUUAUGUGAAGGAAAAGAUGAUAUUCACCAAAUGUUACUCUAUCUACAUGAUCUAGGAGAAAUUGUUUAUUGUCAGAAAGAACCUGUCAAAGGAAAAGUCAUUACUCAAGUUGAAUGGCUAUUAAAUAUAUUUCGUACAAUUAUUCAGCUAGAUGAGCCUGACAGUAAUGGAUUAGCUAUGGAUUUGGAAUAUGAAGCAAUUCGAAAUAAAGGAAUUAUGUCGCAACACUAUAUUUAUGGCAAAUUCGAUCAGCUAGAAGUAAAAAAAAAGGAAAAAAAGUUUUUAUUAGAUUUAAUGGAAUCUUAUGACAUGAUUUGCAAGAUCAGUAAUAAAGAUGAUAAUCACCCAGAUCAGUAUUUUGUACCCUAUUUAUUUCGUUCAAAUAAUCAAGAAUUUGAUCACAAAGGAUUUAUGACGUCGGGAUGGUUAUAUGUUGGGUUUAAGUCAUCAAAACUACAUUAUAUUCCAGAUGGUAUAUUCUUUUGCUUACUUGUAUCUUGCUAUAAAGAAUGGAAAGGGUCAAGUAUCGAACCGCGUUCCAAGUGUGCAAAAUAUCGCCUGAAAAAUGAUUUUUGUGACAUUAUAGUUAAAAAAGAGAGUUCCUAUAUUGGUAUUCAAUAUCGCUAUCGAAUAAUACCUAAUAACCCUAGGCUACAGGGACAGAUAAAGGAUAAAGUAAAAAAACUGAUAUAUGAAAAGCCACCGUAUAUAUUUAUUAGAAAUAAACUGGAAUCAUUGAUUAAGGAAAGGAUGCCAAGAUGCCAAAAUUCAGAUUGCUUAUAUUUUAUAAAAUGUCCUCUAUCUCCUUGCGAUAGAUUUUUACAAAUAAAGAAUCCGGUUCAAGAUAAUUUAAAGCUGCUCUAUUGCGAUUGCAAUGGAAUUUAUGAAUGUGAAUCUGCCCAUGGGUGGACAAUAUCAUUAGGUAUAGCCAAAUAA